GCAUACGUGGUCGUCCUGGACCAGCAGGACCUCCAGGAUCUCAAGGACCAAGAGGAGAGCGAGGCCCAAAAGGAAGACCUGGUCCUCGUGGUCCUCAGGGAAUUGAUGGAGAACCAGGAGUUCCUGGUCAACCUGGUGCUCCAGGGCCUCCUGGACAUCCCUCUCAUCCAGGACCUGAUGGCAUGAGCAGGCCUUUUUCAGCUCAGAUGGCUGGGUUGGAUGAAAAAUCUGGACUUGGAAGUCAAGUAGGGCUGAUGCCUGGCUCUGUGGGUCCUGUUGGCCCAAGGGGACCUCAAGGUUUACAAGGACAGCAAGGUGGCAUAGGACCAGCAGGACCUCCUGGUGAACCUGGUGAACCUGGACCAAUGGGCCCAAUUGGUGCACGUGGACCAGAGGGCCCUCCUGGGAAGCCUGGUGAAGAUGGUGAACCUGGUAGAAAUGGAAAUACUGGUGAAGUGGGAUUUUCAGGAUCACCGGGAGCUCGAGGCUUUCCUGGGGCUCCCGGUCUUCCAGGGCUGAAAGGUCACCGAGGACACAAAGGUCUUGAAGGCCCGAAAGGUGAAGUUGGAGCAAUAGGCGCCAAGGGUGAAGCUGGUCCUACUGGUCCAAUGGGUGCCAUGGGUCCUUUGGGUCCGAGGGGAAUGCCAGGAGAGAGGGGGAGACUUGGGCCUCAGGGUGCUCCUGGACAACGAGGUGCUCAUGGUAUGCCAGGAAAACCAGGACCAAUGGGUCCUCUUGGGAUACCUGGCUCUUCUGGUUUUCCAGGAAAUCCUGGAAUGAAGGGAGAAGCAGGUCCUACUGGGGCACGAGGUCCUGAAGGUCCUCAGGGACAGAGAGGUGAAACAGGGCCCCCAGGUCCAGCUGGCUCUCAAGGUCUUCCUGGUGCAGUGGGAACUGAUGGUACACCUGGUGCCAAAGGUCCUACGGGUUCUGCAGGUACCUCUGGCCCUAUUGGCUUACCAGGGCCCCCUGGAUCUCCUGGACCUCAGGGCAGCACUGGACCUCAGGGAAUUCGAGGACAACCGGGUGAUCCAGGAGUUCCAGGUUUCAAAGGAGAAGCUGGUCCAAAAGGGGAGCCAGGGCCACAUGGUAUUCAGGGUCCAAUAGGCCCACCUGGUGAAGAAGGCAAAAGAGGUCCUCGGGGUGAUCCAGGAACAGUGGGACCUGCAGGUCCAAUGGGAGAAAGGGGUGCUCCUGGCAAUCGUGGUUUUCCAGGCUCUGAUGGUUUACCUGGACCAAAGGGUGCUCAAGGAGAGCGGGGUCCUGUAGGUUCAUCGGGACCUAAAGGAGGCCAGGGGGACCCAGGACGUCCAGGGGAACCAGGGCUUCCAGGUGCUCGGGGUUUGACAGGAAAUCCUGGUGUUCAAGGUCCUGAAGGAAAGCUUGGACCUUUGGGUGCUCCAGGGGAAGAUGGCCGACCAGGUCCUCCUGGUUCCAUAGGCAUCAGAGGGCAACCUGGGAGUAUGGGUCUUCCAGGCCCCAAAGGUAGCAGUGGUGACCCUGGAAAACCUGGAGAAGCAGGAAAUGCUGGUGUUCCUGGGCAGAGAGGUGCUCCUGGCAAAGAUGGUGAAGUUGGUCCUUCCGGUCCUGUGGGGCCCCCGGGUCUGGCUGGGGAAAGAGGAGAACAAGGACCUCCAGGCCCAACUGGCUUUCAGGGGCUUCCUGGACCUCCAGGGCCUCCUGGGGAAGGUGGAAAGCCAGGUGAUCAGGGUGUUCCUGGAGACCCUGGAGCAGUUGGCCCAUUAGGACCUAGAGGGGAGCGAGGAAAUCCUGGAGAAAGAGGAGAACCUGGGAUAACAGGGCUCCCUGGUGAGAAGGGAAUGGCUGGAGGACAUGGCCCUGAUGGUCCAAAAGGCAGUCCAGGUCCAGCUGGGACUGUUGGAGAUACAGGUCCACCAGGUCUUCAAGGUAUGCCUGGAGAAAGAGGAAUUGCAGGAACUCCUGGUCCCAAGGGUGACAGAGGAGGCAUAGGAGAGAAAGGUGCUGAAGGAACAGCUGGGAAUGAUGGAGCAAGGGGUCUUCCAGGUCCCUUGGGUCCUCCAGGUCCUGCAGGUCCUACUGGAGAAAAGGGUGAACCUGGUCCUCGAGGUCUAGUUGGUCCUCCUGGCUCCCGUGGCAAUCCUGGUGCUCGUGGUGAAAAUGGCCCAACUGGGGCUGUUGGUUUUGCUGGACCUCAGGGCCCUGAUGGCCAGCCUGGAGUAAAGGGUGAACCUGGAGAGCCAGGACAGAAGGGAGAUGCUGGGUCUCCAGGACCACAAGGGCUAGCAGGAUCUCCUGGCCCUCACGGUCCUCAUGGUGUUCCUGGACUAAAAGGUGGUCGAGGAACCCAGGGUCCACCUGGUGCUACAGGAUUUCCUGGUUCUGCUGGCAGAGUUGGACCUCCAGGCCCUGCUGGAGCUCCAGGACCUGCAGGACCCAUAGGGGAGCCUGGGAAGGAGGGACCUCCAGGUCUUCGUGGGGAUCCUGGCUCUCAUGGACGAGUGGGAGAUAGAGGACCAGCUGGCCCACCUGGUGGCCCAGGAGACAAAGGAGACCCAGGAGAAGAUGGGCAACCUGGUCCAGAUGGCCCCCCAGGUCCUGCUGGAACUACUGGGCAAAGAGGGAUUGUGGGCAUGCCUGGGCAACGUGGAGAGCGAGGCAUGCCUGGCCUGCCAGGCCCAGCGGGCACACCAGGAAAAGUUGGACCAACUGGAGCAACAGGAGAUAAAGGUCCACCUGGACCUGUGGGACCCCCUGGCUCAAAUGGUCCCGUGGGAGAACCUGGACCAGAAGGCCCAGCUGGUAAUGAUGGUACUCCAGGACGGGAUGGGGCUGUUGGAGAACGUGGUGACCGUGGAGACCCUGGGCCUGCAGGUCUGCCGGGCUCUCAGGGUGCCCCUGGAACUCCUGGGCCUGUGGGCGCACCAGGAGAUGCAGGACAAAGGGGAGAUCCGGGUUCUCGAGGUCCUAUAGGACCACCUGGUCGAGCUGGGAAACGUGGUCUACCUGGACCCCAAGGACCUCGAGGUGACAAAGGUGAUAAUGGAGACCGAGGAGACCGAGGUCAGAAGGGCCACAGAGGCUUCACUGGUCUUCAGGGUCUUCCAGGCCCUCCUGGUCCAAAUGGUGAACAAGGCAGUGCUGGUAUCCCUGGUCCAUUUGGCCCAAGAGGUCCUCCAGGUCCAGUUGGUCCCCUAGGCAAAGAAGGAAACCCUGGGCCACUUGGACCAAUUGGACCCCCUGGUGUGCGAGGCAGUGUAGGAGAAGCAGGACCAGAGGGCCCUCCUGGUGAGCCUGGUCCACCUGGCCCUCCAGGUCCCCCUGGGCACCUUACGGCUGCUCUUGGUGAUAUCAUGGGUCACUAUGAUGAGAACAUGCCAGAUCCACUUCCAGAGUUUACUGAAGACCAGGCAGCUCCUGAUGAUACAAACAAAACUGACCCAGGGGUCCAUGCUACCCUGAAGUCUCUCAGUAGUCAAAUUGAGACCAUGCGUAGCCCUGAUGGCUCCAAAAAGCACCCAGCUAGGACUUGCGAUGACUUAAAACUUUGCCAUUCCACAAAACAGAGUGGUGAAUACUGGAUUGAUCCUAACCAGGGAUCUGCUGAAGAUGCAAUCAAAGUUUACUGCAAUAUGGAAACCGGAGAAACGUGUAUUUCAGCAAACCCAUCCAGUGUACCCCGUAAAACCUGGUGGGCCAGCAAAUCUCCUGAUAAUAAGCCUGUUUGGUAUGGUCUUGAUAUGAAUAGAGGAUCUCAGUUUACUUAUGGAGACUACCAGUCACCUAACACAGCCAUUACUCAGAUGACUUUCUUGCGCCUUCUAUCAAAAGAAGCUUCUCAGAACAUUACUUACAUCUGUAAAAACAGUAUAGGAUAUAUGGAUGAUCAAUCUAAAAACCUCAAGAAAUCAGUGGUUCUUAAAGGGUCAAAUGACUUAGAAAUCAAAGGAGAGGGGAACAUUAGAUUCAGAUAUACAGUUCUUCAAGAUACUUGCUCUAAGCGAAAUGGAAAUGUUGGCAAGACUGUCUUUGAAUACAGAACACAGAAUGUGGCACGCUUGCCCAUCAUAGAUCUUGCCCCUGUGGAUAUCGGAAACACAGACCAGGAAUUUGGCAUUGAAAUUGGGCCAGUUUGUUUUAUGUAACACAAGCCCAGAAACAUCGACAAUGAGCACCGCCAUUAAUGAUGCCCACCACCAUUCACAAGAACUUCGACUGUUUGAAGUUGAUCCUGAGACUCUUGAAGUAACGGCUGAUCACACAUCAGCACUGUAUAUAUGGUCUGAAGUGCCUGGCCUUCUCAUCCUUCAGAAUAUUUAUUUUACUUACAAUCCUCAAAUUUUAAUUGACUUAAAUAUUUUUCAAUACAGCAGUUUAGGUUUAAGGUAACCAAUGACAAUGACCACCUUUAUAAAAAAAGUAAAUUGAUUAAAUAAAUAUCUGUUUUCUUCAAUUUA